UAAAACAUCUAUUCAACUCGACCAAGAUUGCAUCACCAAAAUUUAUCACGUGGUUUAUGUAUGUACAUCCGUUUCAUAAAUUGUUUUCCCCCAUUAACAAUUAAGGUAUGAAAGUGUGUCACAAUUUUGUGAAUUAAAACGUGUACCGGUCACGUACGUGAAAUUGUGCAUGGGCAGAUGUGCCUGUGUUCAUUCAUUGAAGGUGUGUGUUCUGAUUCCAUUAAUCAAACUAAUUAGUCAAGUACUUAUCGAAAUUCAGAUAACGAUAUGAAUCGCAUGCGAAUCUUGAUAAUUUUCCUACUCGUGUGCUUCAUUGAAACAAAAGUGGACGCCAGCACGGAAGAAUUAGAAGAUGAUUACGAAGGUUACGCAGAGUCGAAAGACUCAUCGUUUGAAGGUCCGGAGUAUAACGGGGUGUCCGAAAGCGACGAAAGUGACGACGACGAGGAGGAGCAUCAUCAAGUUGGGCGUGGUUUCUGGGACGUUGUAAAAGAUGUUGGGAAGAAAGCUGUACACGAGGCCAAAAAUGCGGACUACAAGAAAAUGGCAAAGGACACCGUACAAGCGGGCAAAGAUGCCAAGGAAUUUUAUGACAAGGCGUAAAUAUAAUUAUUGAUUUAG